GCUUAAGCCCUCAGCCAAACACGUAUCCUCCUCAGAAAAUAAUGGCUCCAUUUUCUCUCUCUACCUUCUCUCCGGUGCCACCUCCUGCAAUUACUUGCUGCUCUUCUUCUCCUUUUCAUCGGCAGUUCCAGAGCAGAAGAUUUUUCCUUAAAAUCGAGAGAUUCGCGUCGGUUUCAGCUUCUUCGCCGUCGUCUUCGAACCCUAAGGUUGUGGUCACGAGAGAACGCGGCAAAAACGGCAAGCUCAUUAAUGCUUUGGCAAGUUACGGGAUUAACUGUCUAGAGCUUCCCCUCAUCCAGCAUAUGCAGUUGCCUGAUCUAGAAAAGCUUUCUUCUUUAUUGAGCAGCACUUCAUUUGACUGGAUCGUCAUAACUUCACCUGAAGCAGGUGUAGUAUUUCUUGAUGCUUGGAAAGCUGCAGGAACCCCAAAAGUUAGGGUUGGAGUUGUGGGAGCUGGUACAGCGAGUGUAUUUGAGAAAAUUCAACCGUCCUUGAAACAAAGCCUUAAUGUGUCUUUUGCGCCAUCAAAAGCUACUGGCAAGGUUUUGGCAGCUGAGCUUCCGGACUAUGGAAAUGCAAGGUGCACUGUUUUGUACCCUGCUUCAGCAAAAGCUAGCAAUGAGAUUGAGGAUGGCCUUGUGAAGCGUGGAUUUGCCAUCACUAGGCUGAACACGUAUACCACGGAACCUGUUAGUCAAGUGGAUCAAAUGGUUUUAGAACAAGCACUUCUUGCUCCUGUUAUUGCUGUAGCAUCUCCUUCUGCAAUUCGUGCUUGGGUUAGUUUAAUACCAGAAGCACAGCAGUGGGAUAAUGCUGUUGCAUGCAUUGGGGAGACAACUGCUGUAGCUGCUAAAAAACUGGGGUUACGGAAUGUGUACUUCCCAGCAAAUCCUGGCCUUGAAGGGUGGGUCAAUAGCAUUUUGGAAGCCUUACAAGUCCAAAACCAGUUACAGAAGGUUUGAAAAUUGAGCCUUGGGGGCUUCUCACUGUUGACAUCUGACCACAGUGCAUCCAGGCGACCUUUUCCUGGGUCUACAGUGGCUCCAGCGGAUACAUGUCUUUCCAUGCAUAAAUUUCUGGAGAUGAGAAAAGCAGGCAGAACCGGUAACACGUAAAUAUUUCAUUCUUUUAGCUGCAGGAGAGUAACAAUGUAUAGCAGUGACAGUUUUGCGUGAGGUAAGUGAAGGAUGAAUUGACAAUGACAUUCGAACGCGACAAUGCUCAAUAAUUGUAUGAUUAGAUACUAUCAGUGAGUGUAAAUAUCUAUUAUCUGUUUCAACUUCUAAGUUACUGAAAUGUCCAACUUGGACAGUGACUUUGACGCUAGCACCUACAAAAGUUCUUGGUUUGCAUUUCUACUGGUAAUCUUUUGGGCUAUUCGUCA